UUUGAAAUGUUUAUUCUUUUAAUGUCUUGACUUGUUAAUUAAGUUCAGGCUGGUGUCGUUCUUACCAUGGGGCAUAAUUUCUGGGAGAACUCUGUACAUAGACAGUUUUGAAAUUACACGUAAUCCAACUUUGACUAGUACUACUUAAUUUGGGGUUUGUAUUGCCAACGUAUUAAUUACUGUGAUUGCAGAGUAAGAGAACUGGUUUCUUUCCCGAGAAUGCUGUUACUCUGUUGAUCAAGCGGCCAGAAUCUCUUGGUAGUGUUGCUGCGAUUGUAACUAAUGGUGGCCUGGUGGAUCCUAUUGUACCAUCUUCAUCACCAGAAGCCAUUUAUGAUUGUCUGAAACCAAAGAUGAGUGACAUGCCCUCACCACCAUUGCCUGUUUCUUUUGAGAAUGAUGAAGAGGUGCAUUCUUAUGGUACCUUAGGACAAACACCAAUGACAGGAAAGCCAAAACUUUUGAUUCGGGACCAAUCAUUUACUGGCCAGUACACAUUUGAAGAUAAUGUAUCUACAGGAAGAAUGAAGAAUUUGGUUAAGCCUUAUGAGGAAGUUGUAUUGCCACAGGAACAGGACCAUAAGCUUCAAGCAAAGAAAGGCUUAACUUAUGCUCAAAUGGAUCUUCCACAAACGAAUUCUUGUGUUCAUCGAACUCAUCCUAAGACAUCAUAUGCUGAUGUAGCUGUGCCAUUAGCUUUUGGCGAUCAGCAGUUUUUAGUUGCUAACAAGGAGGAAUCUAUGCCAAGACGUUCAAGCUCUGUAUCUUGUUCAAGAAACCGUCCAUAUGAGAAUGUGGGUAUUGGUCAAAGGUCUUUAUCUGUGUCAAAACCAAGACCAGUACCACCUACCAGAAUAUCAUCUCGUAAGGGUACACCUAAGUAUGAGAAUGUUGGUUUGAAUGCUCAAACUAAGGAUUUAUUGAGACCUCAACCUGCAAUAUCUAGGAGUGUUGAAGAGUAUGAAGAAGACUACGAAGUGAUGGAUCUUGCACUGACUGGGCGAUCACCUACAAUAGCUUCAUCGGACUCUGAAUACUUGACAAUGCACCCUCAUAGACAAGGAACACAACCAAGCCAACGUUCACAAAGUCCAAGUCCAACAACGAGCCCACAACAGAGUCCUAUGAAACCUCAACUAAACACAUCUGUGAAGCCACCAGGAAAGAAGCAGGUAUCUCCGUACGAAGUAAUGGUACUCGGCACAGAUGGCACUCUUUCAUUUUCUUCGAAUGGUAAUAAUGUGAAAUGUGAGAUUGAGCCCGAAGUCAAGUUUUCUACUCAUACCAUUAAUCCUCCUGGAAUGAGUAUGCCUACGAACCCUUUGCCGAUAAUUGACUGGCUUGCCCUUUUUAACCUGCAGCAAUAUUCUGAAGCAUUUGUUGCUGCAGGCUAUGAUGAUUCAUCAUAUCUGGUGGAAAUUACGGAUAAGGACUUGAUUGCAUUAGGAAUUGAAAAGCCUGGUCAUCGGAAAAAGCUUUUGCAUCUUUCUGCUAGUACUGCUGAUGCUUUACAUGAUGCUUUUCCAUCAACAAAACUGACAUCAAUUUCUGAUUGGUUCAAGUCUUUGGGAUUAUCUGUGUAUGAACAGGCAUUCUUGCAGCAAGGAUAUGAUGACAUUGACUUCAUUGUUGAUAUUACUGAAGAUGAGUUGAAGGAAAUGGGAGUUACUCUACAAGGUCAUAUUCGAAAACUCAUGGCUGCUAUAGCGAGACUAGGCCAAACAGCAGAUCGCGAAGAGCAAUUGGUUGUAAUCCCUGUGCCUGAGGAAGAAACUCGAGACGUCGUGUCACCGUUGUUGUCAUCAGAAUCUAGCGCUAGGACGUCACCGCAAUUUCCAGAAACUCGUUCUCAGAAGGUUGCACCGCCAAAGCCAAGGCGCCCACCAAGAGGUUGGGAAUCUUCCCUUUUGAAUCGUUCUAGAGUUGAGGAGGAGCCGACAAACUGUGAACAACGUGUGUUCGUCCAGCCAUCUGGUGUAGGUUCUCAUUGUCACACGGUAAAAGAAGAGAUACAAAAACCAGAGCCGCCUCAUCGAAGAGAUAGUUUUCAUAGGACUCGCGAGCAAAUGGAUAAGUUUCGGAACGAUGCCGUUGACUGCGAGCAAUCGGAAGAGCGUAGUGACUUGGGUAACAAGUUUCCACCACCUCCACCGAGGAGAGAUGAUAGUUUGUCAGUGGCACCAUCUACAAGCGGUAGCAACGAGGUGCCAAGCCCUGUCAUUCGUGAGCCCCCACCGAAACCAGUCAGAGUGGAUAGCAUAAAGGAAGAUAAAGUGGAAGUCGUUCGUAUACAACGAUCGCCAGUUCCACGCACGAAUGUGGAAACUCCGACAGCUCCAAAGCCAGCUGUAAAACCGAGGCCUCCUCCAAUAGCAAAGAAACCAGGAUCCAUAAAACCGUCUUCUCGGAAACCUCUACCACCUACCGUUGCACCUAAACCUGCACUACCCACAGAAGAGCGGGAACCAGUUUCCUAUCAGAAUGCGCCUAGGACACAGUCUCCAGCUCCUCCAGAACGAUUGUCUCCCGGGUUGCUUGCUGGAAAGCCAUCUCCUCCAACUGUCGCUGUCAAACCUUCUCUUCCAACUGUUCCCAUGCCAGUUGCUGCACACCAACCCACGUUGGCUGAGGUUUUAGCCGACUCCCAGGAUUCGAUGCCCAAUGAUUUAGAGCCUCCAGUGCGUUCUCCUCCUCUUUCUUCCAAGCCGCAUGGAAAGCGCCCACCAACUCUGGUUGAAGUUUUGGCUGACUCUCAUGAUUUGAUGCCCAAUGAUUUGGAAGGAGAUCUAUCUCUGGAAGAGGCUAUUAAAACAGCUCUCAGGUCGCCAGUUGUUCAAAAGAAACAUAAGAGUCCAGAAAGUGUUGAUACAGCGACGUAAGGUGAGCGAGAACAAAGACGAGUGAGGAGUGCUAGAUGUUCUGACUACACGCGUAGCAUAUGUGAAGGUAACGCCCACUAUUUCUAAUUGGAUUCA